AUGAAUAAGGUAAAUGAGAGCAUCCUAUGGGAAUUCAUCCUGUUAGGUUUCUCAGAUCGACCAUGGCUGGAGCUUCCGCUGUUUGUGGUGUUCCUGGUUUCCUAUAUCUUGACUAUCUUAGGCAAUCUUGCAAUAAUUCUUGUGUCACGUCUGGACUCCAAACUCCAUACCCCCAUGUAUUUCUUUCUUACCAAUCUGUCUCUCCUGGACCUUUGCUACACCACAAGUACAGUUCCACAAAUGCUGAUAAAUAUAUGCAGCACCAGAAAGGUAAUUAGUUAUGGUGGCUGUGUGGCCCAACUUUUCAUUUUCUUGGCCUUGGGUUCCACUGAAUGUCUUCUCCUGGCUGUCAUGUCCUUUGAUAGGUUUGUAGCUAUUUGUCGGCCUCUCCAUUAUUCAAUCAUCAUGCACCAAAGGCUGUACCUCCAGUUGGCAGCUGCAUCCUGGAUUAGUGGCUUUAGCAACUCAGUAUUGCAGUCCACCUUGACCCUUCAGAUGCCACUGUGUGGCCACAAAGAAGUGGAUCAUUUUUUCUGUGAAGUCCCUGCUCUGCUCAAGUUGUCGUGUGUUGACACAACAGUAAAUGAAGCUGAACUAUUCUUCAUCAGUGUGCUAUUCCUUCUAAUACCCUUGACACUCAUCCUUAUAUCAUAUGCUUUCAUUGCCCAAGCGGUGUUGCAAAUACAGUCAGCUGAAGGUCGGCGGAAGGCAUUUGGGACGUGUGGUUCCCACCUAAUUGUGGUGUCACUUUUUUAUGGCACUGCAAUCUAUAUGUAUAUGCAACCACCAUCUCCUGCUUCCAAGGACCGUGGAAAGAUGGUGUCCCUUUUCUAUGGAAUCCUCACACCCAUGUUGAACCCCCUUAUAUACACACUUAGAAACAAAGAUGUAAAGGGAGCUUUUAAGGGUUUGGUUGCGAGGGUCUUCUUGAUCAAAAAAUAA